CCGCUGCAUACACUGUUGAGGACCAGUCACAGAUUUACCAUUGAAGAGGAAAGAUUAGCACGUGUCACUGAUAAAAUUGCAGGUAAUGGGAGGUAAACAAGCAGCAUUGAUUAUUGUUAUCGCUUACAUUUACUGCGUAAUACCUGGACCUUUAAAAGAGAAGAAUGAAGAUUCAUCACUUCCAUCAGAAAAGGAUCUUAUGACGAGUAGAGAUUGUUUAACAAUACCAUUCGAAAUGAAUGUUACCGCAUCUGGCUGUUACAACAAGACAAUCCCGAACAAUUUCUGCCAGGGACUUUGUACCUCAAUUGUUGCUAGUAACUUUACUAGAGAAACUGAGUUAGAGGUUUGUAAUGCAUGUGGACCUGAAGUGCAAUAUGAGAGGGUCGUCUUUUUGAAAUGUCCAAAAACUGUCGGAGGUGAAACUUUGGAAGUUUUAAAACCAAUAGAAGUAACUAUGGUACAACGUUGUAAAUGUCUGCAGUGCACACAGAAGGAGGACCAAAAAUAAAAUAUAAUAACAUCACUGCUACAUAUCGAACGAAUCUAGCCAGAAUGUAGAAAAAAAGUCAAUCUGUUUGUCGAAAAAAAACAAUAGAAAGAAGGAAAGUCGAAGGUGUUCUUCCUAAAACGUUAUCUAUAAAGAAAUAACGAUCAAUUCUUUUGUGAAUUUUGCAUUAUUUAUUCAUUGAAAGUUUUGUUAAGUUUAAUAAUAUAAUUUUUUUGUUUAAUGCAUUGUAUAUCUGUAUCAUAGUGAAUCCAAAGGACUUAUAAAUAUGUUGAUCCUUUGUCUUACCAUUUGCGUUCAUCAGCCAAUAUAACGUAUCGAUUAAGUACGUCAUUGGUAGUGCAAUAUGCAAUAUAUAAAGAUAUUGAUCUCCAUUUCAUCAUGCCAAAGGAGCUUGGUAACCACACUGACCUAUAUCAAUGUCUUGCGUUUUUUUAUCCUUGCUAUGUGGGCAGAAUUACACGUUAAUCAAUGCCACUAUUUUUUCUUACUCCUUAGAGCACACGUCUGGAUGAAUUUCCUUGCAAAAUUUAGAAAAGAAGUUAUUCUACUGUUUAAAGACUUAAUUACACCAUCCAUACCUCGAUUAAGAACUCUGCCCCUCUCAACUAAGCAUCUCACCCUCCCCUAAGAUAUAAAAUAUUGACCCAAGUAUAAAGUCUAUUACUGAUGUUUUUUAUACCAAAAACAUGGGCCUAUAAUAUUUUUAGCCGUUUAGUUUGCCUUUAAGAAUUUAAGCUGUAGCUUUUGCCUUAAGCGCCAUAAUCUCCAUAAAAUAUAGAAUGCUUUUAUUUCAAACACGUACUAAA